GGUUGCUGGCGGAAGGCGCCGGUGGGACCGCUGGGACCUUUCGGAGCAUCUGUGCGAGCGCGGAGCCGCGGCGACUGCGGGCUGCGGCGGCGCCACCAGAGCCGACAGGGAGCUGAGGGGGCCGAAGGACAGCCCCACGAGGACCAACAUGAGGAGUGCAGCCAAGCCCUGGAGUCCCGUGGUCAGAGCGGGGAGCCAUGUCCCCGAGCGGGCACGGCCCCUCUCUGCAGCCUCGACCGGCAUGAAGAGCUCCAAGUCUUCAACCUCCUUGGCAUUUGAGUCCCGACUCAGCAAGCUCAAGAGAGCCAGCAGCGAGGACAUGCUCAACAAGCCAGGAGGCUCGGCUGCGUGCGGGGCGACUCGACUGAAGAAGACCGCCACGUCGGGGGCCAUCUCGGAGCUCGCCGAGAGCCGCCUGCGCAGCGCUCCAGCGGCUGUUACAGCAACCAAACGGACAGGCAUUCCGGCUCCAAGGGAAAUUUCAGUAACAACUUCAAGAGAGAGGUCUGUGCCGCGUGGUCCCUCCAAUCCUCGGAAAUCAGUGCCCAGUCCUACUUCUUCCAGCACCCCCACUCCUACCAAGCACCUGAGGACCACUUCCACCAAACCCACCAAGCAAGAGAAUGAAGGUGGGGAGAAGGCGGUGCUGGAGUCUCAAGUUCGAGAACUUCUGGCGGAAGCCAAAGCCAAAGACAGUGAAAUCAACAGGCUGCGAAGUGAACUCAAGAAAUGCAAAGAGAAAAGGGCACCGAGCACCGAAGGAGCUGACACUUCAGACCCAAGUGUUGAUGUAACGCUGGUCCCAGCAGGCGACCCAGAACCCCUGAUAAGGGCUCUUCAGGAGAAGAACAGGAACUUUCAGAAAGAGCUGGCCUUGCUGGAGGAAGAAAACCGAUCCCUAAAGGAGAAACUGACCUACCUUGAGCAGUCUCCAAAUUCAGAAGGGGCGGUGAGUCACACUGGUGACAGUAGCUGCCCGACAUCCCUAACUCAAGAGUCAAGUUUUGGAAGCCCCACCGGGAAUGAGCUGUCGAGUGAAAUCGAGGAAUAUAAAAAAAACUCACAUGAAACUGCAUUACGGACGUCGGGUUCUUCAAGUAGUGACGUCACCAAAGCUUCUUUGUCGCCAGAUGCCUCUGAUUUCGAGCACAUUCCAGCAGAUAUCCCCUCCCGCCCUCUGUCCUCCACCAGCAACCCUUUUAAGAGCUCCAAGUGCUCCACCACUGGUAGUUCCCCUAACAACGCUAGCGAGCUGUCCCUGGCUUCCCUCACAGAGAAGAUCCAGAAGAUGGAAGAAAACCACCAUAGCACCGCAGAGGAACUACAGGCUACCCUGCAGGAACUGUCAGACCAGCAACAGAUGGUGCAGGAACUGACAGCCGAGAAUGAGAAGCUGGUGGAUGAGAAGACGAUGUUGGAGACGUCCUUUCACCAGCAUCGGGAGAGGGCAGAGCAGCUAAGUCAAGAAAACGAGAAGCUGAUAAAUCUCCUGCAAGAACGAGUGAAGAAUGAAGAGCCCAGCGCUCAAGAGGGAAAACUGCUUGAGCUGGAGCAGAAGUGCACAGACAUCCUUGAGCAGGGCCGCUUUGAGAGGGAGAAGCUGCUCAGCAUACAGCAGCAGCUGACCUGCAGCUUACGCAAGGUGGAGGAAGAGAACCUGGGAGCUUUAGAAACAAUUAAACGCCUAAAGGAAGAAAAUGAAAAGCUGAAUGGAUUUCUAGAACUGGAGCGGUGUAACAAUAGUAUGAUGACGAAAACUUUGGAAGAAUGUCGAGUUACCCUGGAAGGUUUGAAGAUGGAGAAUGGGUCUUUGAAGUCUCAUUUGGAGGGUGAGAAGCAAAAAACUCUAGUGACUAGUACCCUGGGACAGAAGGCGGAGAGCUGUGAAAUUCAAGAGCUGCUCAAAGUCGCCAGAGCUGAGAAAGAUCAACUGGAGCUGUCCUGCACCGAGCUCAGACAAGAAUUGCUGAAGGCCAAUGGUGAAGUUCAACGUGUUUCAAGCCUACUCGCCAAGGUGGAAAAGGAUUACUCUUACCUGAAGGAAAUAUGUGAUCAUCAAGCAGAACAGCUGAGCAGGACCAGCCUGAAGCUGCAAGAGAAAGCAUCGGAGAGCGACGCGGAGAUAAAAGACAUGAAAGAGACCAUUUUUGAGCUGGAAGAUCAGGUGGAGCAGCACCGGGCCGUCAAGUUACAUAACAAUCAGCUCAUUAGUGAGCUGGAAAGUAACGUGAUCAAGCUGGAGGAACAGAAGUCAGACUUGGAAAGGCAGCUGAAGACCCUGACAAAGCAGAUAAAGGAGGAGACCGAGGAAUGGAGGCGCUUCCAAGCAGACCUGCAGACCGCCGUGGUGGUGGCCAAUGACAUCAAGUGUGAGGCCCAGCAGGAGCUGCGCACUGUGAAGAGGAGGCUGCUGGAGGAGGAGGAGAAGAACGCCAGGCUGCAGAAGGAGCUGGGGGACAUGCAGGGCCACAGCAGACCAGUGAACGAAGAGCCAGAGCCCUCGGAGGCAGACGUGGCUGGCCGGUGGCAUGGCAUCUACGUCAACAGGACUUCUCCAGCACCUGCUGAGUCUGCAACCACCGUCAAGUCACUGAUCAAGUCGUUUGACUUGGGACGCUCAGGUGGAGGUGGGCAGAAUCUUUCUGUGCAUAAGACCCCCAGAAGUCCCCUAAGCGGAAUACCAGUGCGGACUGCUCCAGCAGCUGCUGUCUCUCCGAUGCAGAGGCAUUCGACUUACAGCAGUGUACGGUCAGCCAGCAAAGGAGUUGCUCAGCGCCUGGACCUUCCAGACCUUCCACUCUCAGAUCUUCUGAAGGGAAGGGCUGAGGACCUGAAGCCGGACCCUUACCUCCGAAAGAGUCCAUCUCUGGAGUCACUGAGCAGGCCGCCAUCUCUGGGCUUUGGGAGCACCAGGCUGCUGAGUGCUUCCACUGGGGGUUUGAAACCACAAAGCAAACUCAGCGUGGAAAGAAGAGACCCUCUGGCAGCCUUGGCUCGGGAAUAUGGCGGCUCCAAGCGCAAUGCGCUCCUGAAAUGGUGCCAGAAGAAGACGGAAGGUUAUGCGAACAUCGACAUCACCAAUUUCAGCAGCAGCUGGAGUGACGGCUUGGCCUUCUGCGCCCUACUCCACACCUACCUGCCCGCCCACAUCCCCUACCAGGAGCUGAACAGUCAAGAGAAAAAGAGGAAUCUCUUGUUGGCAUUCGAAGCAGCCGAGAGUGUGGGCAUCAAACCCAGCCUGGAGCUCAGCGAGAUGCUGCACACAGACCGGCCUGACUGGCAGAGCGUGAUGCAGUACGUGGCCCAGAUCUACAAGUACUUUGAGACAUAAAGCUGGAGGACCCGAGAGCUGGCGGCACCUGCGGUUUGUCCUGGAAGUCCCCGGUCACUGUCCACCAGCCCUGCUCCACUCACCACCCUGCUGGCCCGAUUUCCAAGGAAAGCCAAGUGGACCGACAUACAAAUAAGAGACAGAGCUGGGGUCUGCUGUGUGCCUGUGUCCAGUGCAAAUGUGCAUGGAGUGGGAGUUGGGGAAUCCUGGCUCUGCAGGGGGAUGUUUCUCCAGAGGGCGGCCUCCCUCCUUCCACACCAGGGUCCCCGGCCCUGGCUCAUCUCCAUGGGAGGCAGGAUGCCUACUAGUCCCAUCUGGUGAUUUCACACAAACCCACACAAUGUCCCUGACAGCACCUCCAAGUCACACUUUGACGCUAGCAUUUGCCUUUAUAAAAACAUUGCCCUUCUCAGUCCCCUUCCCUAUCUUCUUCCCCCAAAAAUACACACACAAAAAAGAAAAGAAGAAGAAGAAACAUUUGCUUUGGAACGACCUAGAAACACAGAGUGGCCCCGCCUUUUUGGGAGCUCAAGUUCUAGGUGAAAAUGUUGACACCUCCGUAGGACUUGAUUACUUGGUUUUUGUUAUUGUUGUUGUUGUUUUUUAAUUCACUCGAUUUUCCGGAUGAAAGCGAAGCAUGUGAGAAUGCAGAGGAGCCCCUGGGUGCCCUGCCGACGGGCCCUUCCGCAGCAGGAAGUGUGCGCCAGCCUCCAUGCUGGAAGGGAAACCAUAAGCAACGUCCACCCACGCCUGUUGUCCUCCAUUCACCAACACUCUCAUUCACACCCACGCACGUUUGUCCCCCACACAGCCUGACAGCAGGUCACUUGUGUGCUUGGGAAGGGGCCCGAGUCUGUCAGGCCUCACUUAUUUGCACAAAUGAACCGAGCAAGGGUGUGGGGUUCUAAACAGUAUUUCAAUUCUAGGACUUGGUCCUCUGCACUUUUUUAGGCCUUUCAUAUUUGGGGGUGGUUGUGGUGGCUCUGUUUAUACUAAACAAAGAAGUGCACUUUCCCCUUUCAGCAUCCUGGCCACGCCACCCUCAGUGGCAGCACGGGCAGCAGGUAACCACACAGCGACUCUGGGGCAAAUUCACACAGGCCGCUGAGGUAAAUGCUAAGUGCCCAUGCAGUGCUGUUUUAAGUGCCAAAUACCUGUGUGUUGGUGCCCCUCUGACAAAGGGUCCCUGAGAAGUCCAAUUCCUGCCAUUGCUGUGUAAAGUGAGCCUCUGGUGGCUGAUCCCAGCUGCUCCUCACGGGCUGCAGAUACAGUCCCUGUGCUGGGAGAGCCAUGAGUUCUGUCUCCUCCCCUGGCCAGCCCUUGGAAGGAGCAGCCGGGCUCUGCAGGCCAGGGCAUCCCUGACUAACAGGCUGCUGCAAUGCCCAGAACCAGAGCCUCCGCCUCCUGGCCUGCCUGUGGUUCCUGCCUGCGGCUCUGGCAGGAGCUCCUAAUACACCCACUCCGGGCCUGAACCCAUCAGCUGAUCCUGAAUAUCUGGAAUGGGCCCAGAGACCUAGUCCGUGUAUUCUCAGUUCUCCAGGCAACUCUGAUGCCUGGCCGUGGGAGAGCCACUGAGAGGAGAGAGCCCUUGCCUGGACAGUUCCAGGGCUUGUCCGGCUGCUGCUUAUGGGACUAGCAUUAAUUACAGAACUGGCCCCUUUGUUACCUAAUGAAAGCUUGAACAAAUUUAACUUGCUCCUCCCUGAUGAGUGUGUCCCAGUGAAAAUCAUUACCUGUGUUGCUUCAUGCACCUGUCUUUUGUUGACUCACCUGAUGCAUCUUCGUUAUCUCUAUGCUUCUGCUUUGCUCACCACUGAAGUGGUGGGUGGGGGGACUAAAACCCCAAGUUGCUGGGUUGAGCAGGUGGUGGUUGUGUUUAAGCUGGGAUUACUCCAGGGUUUUGUGCAGCAGACGCAGUUGAGGUCCUGGGAUACCGGAGAGGCAGUUAGCGUGAUUGCCGGCCUGUUUCCAUUGAUUACGUCAAUGUUCUAGAAGGAGCUCUGGGCACAGCCGUCUCCACGCUGGGGGAUGCCGCUUCCUUCUCUCCACACCAGUCCUCCUCCUCCAUCACUGAGUACUUGACCCAGACCCCCUGUGAGUUCAAAAGAAAGAAGGAAAUGUCAUGGGAAAGAAAGAUCCUGUGCAAUUGGUUUGCAUAACUCCAGCGGCGUCCCUGACUACCACUCUGCCUGCCUGUGGACAUGCACGUAGAAGGGGACUCAGCCAGGGGCCGCAGGGUGAGAGGAAGGCCCUCGGGCUCAGCCAGAGGUGGCAGCAGAGGUCGCAGCCUCCCCUAGGCCAGGCACUGGCCAGCAGGGCAUGGAUGCACAGGACUUGGGGGAAGUGGGCCCUCCCAGGCUGGGCCAAGGGGAGGGUCUAAAGGUCCAUUUUUAAUUGGAGAGCUCAGAGCACAAAUGUGAGUGUAGAAAAUGGAUAAACCAAGAAAAGGAAAUAGCAACCGAUGUUUUCUUUGGUUCUCCUCAGCAAAUUGUACCAUUCCCAGUUUUAUUUCCUGAGUGAGGCUUUCUCACAGGCCACAGUAGCCAUAUUUCUUCCUUCGGCCGGAAGCUAGCCAAGUUACCUGGCUUUUUCUUAAGGUGUCAUUUCUAUACAAAAGACAGAUGCGAAAAUGCAAAACUCAGAAGAGCAGAAGAGUUUUUUAAGGCGUAAAGAAAAGUCCGUGUGAAUCUCCGCAUUGGGAGUUGCUUUGUGGGUUGCAUUACAGCUGACCAAGAGUAGCAUCGCGACCCCUGCCUUAUGGGGGUGAAACUUCUCUCAUCCCAGUCUCUUCUCACUUCAAGAACGCUGCUGGUCUUUCGUUUCUAUUCUUCAUUGACUUGUUGCACAGCAGUUGUAAACUACUUUCAAACCAGAUGCCAAAAGUUAAAAAUCCAGUCCCAAAGUGAUUAACCAGCUGGCAAGGACAAGAGCGUCCCUGGCCAUCUUCUCUCAGCUCUCCCCCGACCACCCCAUGAGGGGCAGGCACGUCACCGGCCAGUGGAGACCGAGGACGGAGUGGUUUAGAGCAAACCCGCAAGCCCGCUGCGGCCUCAGCUCUCGGCUUGCCAAGGCUCCAGUGCCAUGUGACAUGACUUCCCAACGACACACAGAAAAGGCUGUACCUGUGCAGACUUUUCAAAAAGUCUUCUAGACAUCUGCAUUUGCCCCCGUUUCGCUCUGACCCAGGUUAGAGCUUGGCUAAAUCUGUAACAUCCUGAGUAGCUCACUAAUUUUAACUACAUUAGUUGAAUGCAGUUGAUACAUCUGUGGCCUCGUUUCUAUCAAGAGCACACUAGAUUGUACCAAGCACUGUCAGGGUAUGACAUGCUGACAUAGAUGUAUUUAACUAUUAACAUGAAAGUGUACGUACGACAUGCGACUGUGAUAUUUCUAAUAAAUAUAUUUUGUUUCUGUCUGA